AUGACGGGCAGCCAGUGGAGGGAAUCCCCCUCGAGUGGCCAGCAGGCAGGCUUCCAGACGGGCUGUCUGUCCUGCCAAAGCCUGUGUUGCCUGCUGCUGGCCAUGGACAGCUUCCGUGAGGGUCUGGAGGAGUUUAUCCAUCUGUGGAAGGCUACAGGGGCUCAUUGGGACGAGGCCUCUGGCAGGGACCUCAGGAAUGGGUGGCAUGGUAGCAGCUUCUGGGGGGUGCUGUUGAAAAAGGGGGUGGCGUUUUUGGGGGCGAGGCCCGGCGCCCCCUUCCUGUGGUCGGUGACUCAGGAUGAGAGGAGGGAGGGGCAGAAGCUCAUCACCCUCCAGUGCAGCCGGAGCGACCCUGGGUUUGGCCGCAGGGCAGAGUCUGGGCUCCAGAAUGUUCUGCAGGUGGACCUGGAGGUGGAUGACUUCCUGCACCCAGCAGACAGCCGGGCGGUCUCCUGGCAGGUGGAGUAUCCAGGCACCGGGGUGCUCACCGCAGAGGUGGAGACACAGAUACGCCUGGCGCAGAGGAACCUGGGAGGCCUUGUGCCAUUGGCUAUGGACACGGAGAUCCUGAACACGGCCAUGCUGACUGGGCGGACGGUUGCCGUGCCGGUGAAGGUGGUGACGGUGGCGCCGGAUAGCGUGGUGACGGACGUGACCGAGUCGGUCUCCUGCCGCUCCGCCGAUGAAGACGUCAUCAAGGUGUCGGAGAGGUGCGACUACGUGUUUGUGAACGGGAAGGAGACGCGAGGGAGGGUGAGGGUGGCGGUGAACUUCACCUACGGCCCCCUGAGCUCCCAGCUGGAGAUGAGCGUGUGGGCGCCCCGCCUCCCCCUGCAGAUCGAGGUGUCCGACCCCGAGCUCAGCCAGAUCAAGGGCUGGAGGGUGCCCGUUGCCCCCGGCGACCAGAGGUCCCUGCAGAACAGGGACAGCGACCAUGAUGAUGAAGAAGGAGAAUACGAUGAAGAAGAAGGAGGCAGGCGUGGCCAGGGGUGCGUGCCACAGUACCAGGGCGCCAUGGUGCGAGUCCUGACGCACUUUGUGGCCGAGCCGACGGACGGGCGUGGCCAAACAGACUUCCUGUUGGGCAGCGACUGGCAGGUGGACGUCACAGAGCUGGUGUGGGACGGCCUCAGGGUCCGGGAACCCCAAACCGCCCAGCUACGGGAUGGCCAGGUUCUGAUGGGCCUGCAGAAGGGGGAGACCUCCUUACAGGUGCUGUCUCCUCUCUCAGACGCGGUUCUGGGUGAAAGGACGGUGAAGGUUCUGGAUGACAGGGUGUCCAUCACAGAGCUCGGGGUGCAGCUGGUCUCCAGCCUCUCCCUCUCUCUGCAGCUCAGCCCCGGGAGCAACAGGGCCAUCGUCGCCACGGCGACCACACAGGAGCUGCUGCACAACCCCAAGCAGGAGUCUCUCAUCAGCGCCUGGCUGCAGUUCAGCGACGGCUCAAUGACCCCGCUCGACCUCUACGACCCCGCCCACUUCCUGCUGACGGCAUCGUCGCUGGACCCAACGGUGGUGACGGUGCGGCAGGGCGCGGUGUGGAAGUGGCCCGUGAUCGUGGCCGAGCGGGAGGGCCAGGGGCUGCUGGUGAGGGUGGAGAUGGCCACCAGCCAGCGCUGCCAGGGGCCCGGGCGUGGCGGCGUGCUGGCAGCCGGCAAUGCCGGCGUCCGAGUCCGCUUCGGAGGUGCUGCCGAACAGCCGGGGAACCGCGGCAACCGGCACCCGACGGGGGCGGACGUCCCGUACUACGGCAGCUCUGUGUCCGACGCUGAAGCCAGAGUCCCCGGGAGGGGCACCACUGCCACCACCGCCAAGUCGGCCAUCGCCCCGAACGACCGUGCCCGCGUCCGCAACAUCCCCGUGGACUUCCCCCCGCAGGUGGACCUCCCGCAGAGCACCAACAUGGAGGACGACCUGCUCCAGUCCCCGCGGGGGCUCACCGACCUGGAGAUCGGCAUGUACGCCCUGCUGGGCGUCUUCUGCCUGGCCAUCCUGGUGUUCCUCAUCAACUGCGUCUCCUACGCCCUCAAGUACCGGCACAAGCAGCUCCCUGCCACGGGCGAGGGGCCCGAGGCUCUGAACCACGCCCACGACUGGGUGUGGCUGGGCACCCGUGCGGAGCUCCUGGACAGCCGGCCCAGCCUGUGCUCGGAGCAGGACGAGAGCACGGCCAUGAUGGACUCCGCCGCGGGCUUCGAGGAGGGGAGCCACCUGCUCAACGGCACGGCGGCCGCAGCCCAGAAGAACGUCCAGGGGCAGGUCCACCGGUCAGCCGAUGAGGGCCGCCCGGCCGGGGAGUCUCUGAACUCACCCACCACCAAGAGGAAGCGGGUCAAGUUCAGCACCUUCACCAGCAGCGGCCGGCAGAACGUCAGCCCCCUGGCCGAGGGGCCCAGCGGGGACAUCCAGUGGGUCUGCCAGGACCUGGAGCUUGCAGACUCCAAGGAGCUCCGGAAGUACAUGGAAAGGUUAGGGGAAAAUGCCUCGACGAACAUUGCGUAGGUUUCAGUUUCCCGCUUUCAGAACGGCGAAGCCACCCCUAUGCCUUUCGGGAAGGACGUUAGAACCCUAUGGCUAAAAUGGAAAUAUACAGUAGUUGGAACCGUUGCAAACUUUGAUUAUGCCUGUUGUCAUGGGAACUGACAAUGGGUCGUGUUUCAUACGUUACUGGAUAGGAUUAAAUAUCAAUUAAAAGACAGGAUUUAUUGAGGAAAGCAAUCCAGGAAAUAGGAAUUGCAAAUUAAA